AUGAGAACUAUUGCUUCAACCCUUUUCUUACUUCCCCUUCUUUUUUCAGCAUUAUUCAGUCCCUCUUUUGCUACAAAAAAGCCUUACAUAGUCUACUUGGGAUCUCAUUCACGUGAUCAAAAUGUAGAAGUCUCAGCUGUUGAAUAUGAUAGAACAAGAGAAUCCCAUUAUUCGCUUCUUGGAUCAUUCUUGGGGAGCAGCGAAAAGGCAAAAGACGCAAUUUUCUACUCUUAUACAAGACAUAUUAAUGGCUUUGCUGCAAUACUUGAUGAGGCAGAAGCUGCUGAGAUAUCAAAACAUCCGGAUGUUCUAUCAGUUUUCUUGAGCGAACAAAUCAAAUUAUACACAACCAGGUCAUGGGAGUUUCUGGGGCUUGAGCAAAAUGGCCAAAUCCAGCCAUCAUGGGCUCAGGCAAGAUUUGGUGAAGACACCAUCAUUGCCAAUAUUGACUCUGGUGUCUGGCCAGAAUCAGAAAGCUUCAGUGAUGAAGGAUACGGACCGAUUCCAGCAAGGUGGAGAGGAAUUUGUCAAAAUGAGAAUGAUUCAACCUUUAAGUGCAAUAGGAAACUCAUCGGAGCAAGAUACUUCAGCGAAGGAUUUUUUAGCAUGCUGACACCAAAUGCAAAUAGAAGUGUUUUUAACUCACCACGAGACGUUGCAGGCCAUGGAACCCAUACCUUAUCCACAGCUGGUGGUAAUUUUGUAGCCGGAGCAAAUUUAUUUGGGUUAGGAAAUGGAACAGCAAAAGGUGGAUCACCAAGAGCUCGAGUAGCAGCUUACAGGGCUUGCCAAGGUGAAGGCUGCCAAAUGGCAGAUAUUUUGGCUGCUUUCGACAUGGCUAUCGACGAUGGUGUUGAUGUGAUUUCACUGUCAGUUGGAGGGGGAAUAAUCUCUGAUUAUACUAGAGGCAUUGCGAUUGCCUCGCUUCAUGCUGUUAAGCGUGGCAUUGUAGUUGUUGCUGCAGCCGGUAAUGAUGGUCCUAAUCCUGAUACACUAGACAAUGAUGCACCCUGGCAAAUCACAGUUGGGGCAAGCACCAUGGAUCGACAGUUUCCUAGUUAUCUUGUCCUUGGCAACAACUUGCGAAUCAGAGGAGAAAGCUUCUCGGAUAAAGUAUUACCAAACAACACGUUCUUUCCAAUUGUUCCUGCCAGAUCUGUUAAAGCUGCCAAUGCAUCAGAUCUAGACGCUGAUAUAUGUAAGGAUGGAGCACUGGAUCCUACUCUAGCAAAGGGAAAGAUCUUGGUUUGCCUGCGAGGUGGGGGAAUUGGAAGGCUGGACAAGGGCGUAACUGCUGCUAUGGCUGGUGCUGUAGGAUUGGUUCUUGCCGAUUACAAGGGCUUGGAUGAAGUUAUCAGUGAUGCUCAUGUUCUUCCUGCUUUGGAAAUCUCUUACGAUGAUGCAGAAGCAGUUAACGCUUAUAUUAAUUCCACGAGAAAUCCUACUGCUUAUAUUACUCCCCCAACAACUGAACUGGGUAUAAAGCCAGCACCAGCCGUGGCAAGGUUUUCAGGAAGGGGACCUGCUGGUGUCGCUCAAGACAUCCUCAAGCCUGAUAUCAUUGCACCCGGAGUAAGUGUGAUUGCUGCUUACACUGAAGCACAUGGGCCAGCAUCUGAUGGCUAUGGUUUCGAUAAGCGAAGAGUCCCCUAUUUUGCACAAACAGGAACUUCGAUGGCAUGCCCUCAUGUUGCUGGUGUUGUCGGCCUCCUCAAAACUCUCCAUCCAGAUUGGAGUCCGGCAGCAAUCAAAUCAGCUAUUAUGACCACUGCAAGAACUCAGGAUAACACUGGAAAGCCAAUUACAGUGUUAGAUGAUCAACUUCAUCCAAAGGGCACACCUUUUGCCUACGGAGCAGGACAUAUCCUUCCUAGCCGUGCUAUGGAUCCUGGAUUGGUUUAUGAUCUAACAGACCAAGAUUACUUCACCUUUCUAUGUUCAAUGGGCUAUAAUCAAUCCCAAUUUGCGUUCCUAGUAAACGCCUCAGCCACAUGCCCGCCACCAAUUAAGCUCUACAACUUCAAUUACCCUGCAAUAGCUGUUCAGAAUUUUAAUGAUUCAGUCACAGUUACUAGGACCGUGAAGAAUGUUGGUUCCUCCCCAGCAACUUACACCGUCCAUGUUCGCAACCCUGCUGGAUUAUCGGUUGAUGUUCAACCAAAAACACUUGCUUUUGCAACAAUUGGUGAACAGAAAAGCUUCAAUGUCACAAUUACAGCGACAAAGGCUGGUGCAGCCAGAGAAUAUGUGUUUGGAUCGUUAACAUGGUUAGAUGGGAAGCAUUCUGUAAGAAGUCAUAUUGCAGUAAAGGCAUUCUGUACGAAGUGUCCACCAUAUUGAUUCCUAACCUGAACGGACCCUCCCGGUCAUCGGUGGACUCGUUUCAGAUAUAACUCAACGUGACUCAGCUGAUACUGACCGAGUACGAAUCCAUUGAUCGCAAAAGUAACGGACAAUGCCCAUGAGACACACCAGCGGCAUAUUUUC